AUGGCGUUGCUCAAUACCAGUCUGACAAUGCGUGGCGUCUGGUACAAUAGCCCUUACAAUGUGUCCGUGGUAGACUUGCCCAUGCCAAGUAUUGUCAAUGAGACUGAUGUAGUGGUCAAGAUCACCACGUCAGCUAUUUGCGGAUCCGACUUGCAUUUUUAUCAUGGCUACUCGGCCGACGUUCCAUUCGCACUAGGUCAUGAAGCGGUUGGCUACAUUUCGGAAAUUGGGAGUGCAGUCUCGUCGUUGAGCCUGGGAGACUAUGUCAUAAUCCCAGAUAAUGCCGACGCUGGACACUGGAAUCCCAUGCCCCAUCCAGUCUCGUUUGGAGUUGGUUCUUCCGACUACGGUGGCUUGCAAGCUGAAUACGUCAGAGUACCCUUUGCGGAUGACUCUUUGAUCCCGAUCCCAAUCAACUCUACCAGUGAUCGUAGCCUGGAGAGUGAUUAUGUCAUGCUUGCCGAUAUCUUUUCGACGGCCUGGAACGGCUUGACCUAUUCCGGAUUCCAACCAGGCGAUUCGGUGGCAGUUUUUGGAGCUGGUCCUGUGGGUUUGUUGGUCGCCUAUUCGGCCAAGCUCCGUGGAGCUUCUCGUAUCUACUCUAUCGACCAAGUUCAACAACGUCUCGAUAUUGCGAAAUCUAUUGGAGCUCAUCCUAUCAACUUUCUCGAAACGGAUCCCGUCGCCGAAAUUUUGAGUUUGGAGCCAAACGGAGUGAGGAGAUCGAUUGAUGCUGUUGGAUUCGAGGCAGUCAAUACUAGUGGCGAAAUGGACCCGUCUUCCAUGGCCAGUCAAAUGGUCAAUGUCACGGGCAUGUACGGCGGUUUGGGAAUCAUUGGUGUCUACUUUGGCGGCUUGGAAAAUGCAAAUGCUGAUGCGCAAUAUACUGCCUCGGGCCUCUGGGGCAAAGGGCUGUCUGUGGGGAGCGGUAUUGCGCUGCCACUUGAAAUCAAUGGUCCUUUACUGGAGCUCGUUGCGUCUGGAACAGCCUCGCCAAGCUUUAUUGUCAGCGCCGAGAUUGGAAUCGAGGAUGCGCCAGAGUAUUACCAGCGAUUCAGCAAUCAUACGGAAAGCAAGGUUCUUAUUCGAUUCGAUCGAUAG